AUGGGUCCCAUAGUGAGUACCCCUUCGGGUAAAAACCAAGAGCCACCUCUGCGAAAUUUGGGCUUUGGGGCUGCCAACCUUUUCGCCUGUAACUCAAUCGGUGCAACUUCAAACAACAGGCCUCGGAACAAUAAUGAAAAUUUAGAAUUAAAUUUGGGUGAACCCACUGGUUUACCCCCACCGAUAAAUAUAGAAGGCCAUAAAUGUCGAUUUUGUACAUGUAAUAAAUAUUUUGCAACUGUAGUAGGUCGGGGAGUUCAUGAACAAAAAACACACAAAGAAUGGUAUGAUGAAGAACUCGCCAAAAUAGUACCCAAGAAAGCAAGGUGGGCGGAGGAGGAGCAGAAAAUGAUGGCCAAAGAGGAGGCUCUCUUAAUAAGGCAAGGUGUGGGUCAAAUAAAUAAUGCUCUCUUCGCAGUAACACCAGGCCGGACGAUGGAAGCUAUCAAAGGUCAAAGGCGAUCCCCCAAAUAUAAAGGCCAGGUCGCAAAAUUUCUCGCUAUGCCUGUAGACCAAAAUACCAAUAAUGCAUUCUCUCCAGCCACCGAAGAUACAUCCAAACAUGAGCUAGCUAAUGCAUUAAAGGCCGCUGCAGGACAGGAUGCAGAUAAAUUUAAUAGUUCUUUUCUAAAGAGCAUUUGUCUCAGAGCGGUUGAAAUGUCACCGGAAAAAAUAGAAAGAAAUGUGACUGAAUAUCUGAAUGCCACCUUUCCAAUUAAAAGAAAAGUAAAGCCUCAAUCCAACAAAAGAGGUAAUGCACCAAUAAUAAGUUAA